AUGAGCAACCGUCCCUGGGCAUCGAGGCUGCCAGGCUGGGGCCUGCUGUGCAUCACCUUGGUGCUCCUUUGUUGGCCACUCGCUGCCCAGAUCGACAUGCCGGGCUGUCCCAAACAUCUUAUCGACCCCGCGGAUGGCUUUGGCUUCCUCUGCUUUGACUGCGACAAGCCCAUGCUCUUCAAUCGCUACAUCCCCGUGGGCGCGACUUGCGUGCUCAGGCCCACAUCGAAUCUGACCGACUCUUGCAGAGAGAACGUUUAUUGGACCAAGUUUACUUGUGCUCGUGAUAACCGUUUCUAUCUCGACCCAAGUGGCGUCAUGUCUGAUUAUUUCUCGGCCGUCAACUGCGUUGUUUCCUGGUCGGCGGCCUCAAAUCGUCCCAGCCUGGAUUGCGACGGUUCUGGUCUGCCGCGCUUACAAAAGCUCACUUCCCUUCCGUAUGGCGGUGCCCCUGCUGACUUGGAGCAUCUACGCGUCCGCCAUCAUCGUGUCAUGGACAUUGCCUUUGUAGAUACAUACGGCUUGGCCAAUUUGACCAGCUUUGACGUCAGCAACAAUCGAAUUACAGAGCUGGGCGUCGGCGCGUUCUCCUACUUGAUGCGACUCAGCCAUCUCAAUCUUAGCUCCAAUCGGCUUACCGUUGUCACCCCUCGCGACCUUCCCAUGCUCCAAAAUCUGCAAACUCUGGACCUCAGCUCCAACCCGCUUCAAACCAUCCGUACCGACCUUUUGCUUGCCCCCAUGCACGCCGACUGCACCUCCAUACGACUCCCUUCGGCCUGCGGACCAGUCCCCGGCUGCCAUGCCCUUCUUCCAGGACCACCCGCCGCUUCAACCAGAGCCACCACCGAAGCAUUAUCCACCUCCACCACCGUUGUCGGGGCGACAACCUCUGUUGUCACAUCAAACACAACCGCCGCCUCCAGUACUCCGGCCUUUGCCCAAGACUGCCACGUGGUUAGCCAUGCCUCGCACUGGCCUUGCGCCGCUGCUCACGGACAAGAGCCAACAAGCUUACCUUUCCAUCAGCUCUGCGAUGGUCACGUUGACUGUGCCGACGCCUCGGAUGAGCAACAGUGUGAGCAGCUAUGGGACACAACAGGCAUUGACGUGCUUGAUGACUGCACGGGAAGCCGCUUCCAUGCCAGCUGGCGUUACGGUGUUUUCUUCGGACGGCCUCUUGAUGAGAUGGCCGUCUACCCCUGUCUCUAUGUUUCCCACCUCCCGUACACGGUGUUUGUGGCUGACGUCUUUGUGUUGAUCGACGACAACGUUCCGCAGUGGCGGGGUCCUUACAUUGCUGUUGCGCAGGCCGUGGUUGAUUUCUACCUAACUCGGCAUCGGCUCCUUGCCAACGGCACCGCGUUUGGCCACGAAAUUGGCAUCGAUCUGAAGCUGGAUAAUCUCCAACUGCCAUUUCCAAGCACCGCCUUCAGCACCCUCAUGCCCGCUACGACCGCCCGCAUAGCGGUACAAAGUAGCUCGGGCAGCAAUCUCCUCUCCCUGGCCGUCAUCCUACCCAUCGUCGUGGGUUUAUGUGCGCUCAUUCUAGGUCUGAUCUAUGAGCGACGCCGGCGGCUUCAGCGUCGCUUGAUGCAAGCUUUGAGAGCAAGCGGAGCCGCUGACGGAAAUCACACAGACGUGCUGGCCAAGUUGCAGGCGUAUGAACUGGAUGCUGCAAGUGUCGUGGUUGAUGGCCCGACGCUUCACCGUGGCAACUUUGGUAUAGUGCGCAGAGGCCUUAUCUGUGCUACGCAUGAAGACAUUGUUGCCAAAUGCCAGGCUACUGGGCUUUCUCAGGCUGCCAUCUUGCUGGAGACAACCAUGCUCAUGUUGGCUCAAAGUCCCAACGUCGUGGGGCUCAAAGGAUUUCUGCGCAACGGAGAUUUGGGCUUGAUGCUCUGUCUCGAAUAUUGUGCAGGGGGCAAUCUGCUCCAAGUCUUACGAGGCUCACGAGCUACCUCUAGCCUGAGCCCAAGGCAUCUGCUGCAGGCCUCGCUGCAAACCGCACGCGCCCUACAGUACCUGAGUCACUUGGGGAUGAUACAUCGCGACGUGGCUGCGCGCAACAUUCUUGUGCGCUCUGUCAGCGACCAUGGCUUGCAGGCUGCUUUGGGCGACUUUGGGCACGCACGGCUGGUGGGGCGUGAUUCAACACCCUCCAUUAACCAACAGAGCUCGGGACUCGGCAGUACCGUUUCAACGGUACCGUACGGUGAUUUAGUUCGCGAAGCAGAUGUUGUAGCCGCCAUCCUUCAAAACGGACGGCGACUCCCCGUGCCUCCACGCCUCGCUGAAUUGCCCGAUCGUGUUUCCAAGAUGUACCAAAGGUUGCAGGAAGAUGUUGCACCUCGGCGACCCGGUUGGCAGGCGGUGCUCCGCGAGCACACCCUGGCUCUGCAGACCCUGACUUAUCCUGAUCCCCACGUCAAUUCAGAGGCUUAAGCUCGAUAAAGAUCCCAGCUCGAUACCAGACCCAUUUGAAGUAGACUUUCUUGUUGCUGCAAGCGGUUGCUGUGAGAUCGGUUUACGCUGAGCGUGGCACGAUGGCAAUUGAAUGGUUUCAUCCG